CAACUUUCUACUUCAUCAAAAUCUACGAUAGGUAAGGCAUUAUGCUCUUCACUUUUGAUAUACUAUUACUUCGAGGCACCGUCUGAUGCGGUGCCAUAUUUAUUCUCAUACCAUGUCUAAUUUCUACCAUAUCUUUGAGGAUACGCCCGUCUGCUCAAAUAAUCGCUUUCCAAAAGCACAUGAACGUUCUAGAUUCUUUGAUUCCCCCUUUCAUACUCAUAUAUCUCUUCUAGAUCUGCUUCUUAAACGAUGAACCGUGCCAAUCGAGUAACUAAACGAUCGUCUGAGCGAACGCUGGUCUCAUCGGGCGCAGCAUCCCCGCGCUUGAGAAGGAUCCAUGCUGCCAAGAUAGCCGACUCCGACAAGGAAAAUGAGGUCCAGCAAAAAGCUUCAGCAACCCAAUCUAAGCGUAAAAGAGCCGAUCCGGGUUUACUAGAGAACAACGAUGGAAAAUUUAAGCGCGCGAAACCAUCCUCCGACUCGACUAAAAACACGACUGCUAAGAAACGUCUUGCUCGCGUGAAGGAGGCCCAAAAAGUCGACGGACCGCUCAACAAGGCACCCACUGCACCCUUGGACAUCUUCGUCUUCGGCGAGGGUGCUCUCGGGGAGUUGGGUCUUGGAAGCAGGGAAGUUAAAAAUCGAUUGCCAUAUGAGGUGUUACAACCGCGUUUAAACCCGUUCCUCUCCGCGAAGGAUGUGGGUGUUGUGCAACUCUCCUGCGGCGGCCUACAUGGUGUUGCGCUCACCAAAGAUAACAAAAUAUUCACUUGGGGAGUAAAUGACCACGGCGCAUUGGGAAGAGAUACGAAGGUCGAAGAGGAGGACGAGGAUUUAUUGAACCCGGCCGAGAGUACACCUGCACCUGUUGAUCUCUUACACCUCGGCCCUGGUAUCACAUGGGUCCAAGUCGUUGGCUGCGAUAAUGCCUCGUUUGCUUUGACUGAGGAUGGCAAGGUAUAUGGUUGGGGAACAUUUCGAGGAAAUGAUGGUGUGAUGGGCUUUCGAGACGAUCCGGAGUCGCCAGAGGUCCAGAAGACUGCGACUCUAAUCCCGGAGUUGAAAAAUAUCAUCCAACUAGCCGCUGGAACUAAUCAUGUACUCGCUCUCGACAGUAAAGGAAAGGUCUACGCAUGGGGUUGUGGACAGCAGGCUCAAAUAGGUCGACUAGUGCCUUCUCGCCGUCCUAGAUCCGCUCUCAGACCUGAUCGUGUUAUCGCCCUCCCCAUCAAGGACGCGAGAGUUGUUAAAAUAGCGUGUGGGUCCUACCACAGCUUUGCUAUAGACCAAAAGGGUCGUGUUUUUGCUUGGGGCCUUAACAACUACGGCCAGUUGGGCAUCUCGGACGAAGCCGGCGAAAACAACGCCCACGAGAUGAAGCCCCGCUUCGUUGAAAGUCUUCGUUACCACAAUGUAGUUGAUAUUACUGGCGGACAGCAUCAUUCCCUCGCUGCAAACGAUGACGGCGAGUUACUCGCUUGGGGUCGCAUAGAUGGAUAUCGGCUUGGUCUUCAGUCCGAAGCCUUCACGGAAGAGAACACUAUCUUCGAUGAAAAGGGGAACCCUCGCAUCCUAGCGACACCAACUAUCGUGCCAGAUCUGCCGGCAGUUGGCUCGGUCGCAGCUGGGGCGGAUCACAGCUUCACUCGAACUUUAGGAGGAAGGGUUUAUUCCUGGGGAUUCUCGUACGGCGGUCGAACUGGGCAGAACACCUCCGAGGAUGACAUCGAAGUUCCGACCUUGAUCAACUCCAAGUUUGUUAGAGAUAGGAAGUUCGUAUACGUCGACGCCGGAGGCCCAUUCUCAGUACUAGCUGCCGUUGCUGACAUGGAAGACUCGGCUAACAGUAGUACUUUGUGAGUGGUCGCGGGAAAUAACUCAACUUGUGAACGCUCCUAUCUGUACGGAUGGGAUAUACCAACCAUGUAUAUGGUCAUACUUAGAUAUUGACCUAGUUUGACACCAAUUCUUGUUCCGAUUCUUCGCCCUCCAAUUUGUAGACCCAACUCCCAGAAAGCCAAAAUGAUACAGGACUAGAUAUAACAACCUUAAGCACGAUGAAUUUACAUAGAUGCCUGGAUCAUGAAUUUAUUUUUAUUUGGUAUUUAU